GUUCCCGAUUUUCAAGAUGAUACCGAUGGCGACUCGGCCAUUGACGUGCCUUUCGAGGAGUCUCUCACGUCUGUCAGGUCCAGCAUCUUUGCGUUCCAACAAGAAAAUGGUCGCACUUACCACGCCAUGAGCGCGGGGACCGAUGCCCAUCCCGAGGCCCACGUCAUCGGCGUGGAUCUUAGCCCGGUACAGCCUGAGUUUGCACCCCCGAACUGUACAUUUGAGAUUGAUGACCUCGAAAAAGAAUGGACUUGGUCAACCAAGUUUGACUUUAUCUUUUCUCGAAUGAUGACUGGCAGCUUCAGUGAAAAUCGAAGCAUAGUCGAAAAAGUUUUUGAUCAACUUGAGCCUGGUGGAUACUUUGAGGCCCAGGACAUGGCUUUACCCCUCGGCUGCGACGACGGUACCCUCAAAGAAGACUCGGACUUUUGGAAAUGGUGCACGCUAGUAAUGGAUGGCAUGAAGGCCUUCGGCCGCCCGGUCGCGGCGGCGCAGGAGUGGAAGAAGCUCAUGGAGGAUGUGGGCUUCGAAGAUGUGGUCGAGACGGUAUACAAGUGGCCGACCAACCAAUGGCCGCGUGACCCGUUUUACAAAGAGCUGGGGACAUGGAGUCUAAUGAACAUGGACGCCGCCCUCGAGCCAUCCACCAUGGCCCCUCUUACCAGGGCCUUGGGUUGGAGCAGGGACGAGGUCACGGUGCUGGUGGCAAAGACCAGGAAGGAACUCAGGGACCCGCGUAUCCAUGCUUAUUGGCCCAUAUACGUCGUGUACGGAAGAAAACCGCUUCGGCCGAGCGCUCCUGCGUGGGCACCAGAACCCGUGCCGACAGCGGCCCCGACAGCGGCCCCAGCGCCUGCUCCUGAACCAAGCCCUGCUCCGGGCUCUGCGACUGCCGAGACUGAGAGCGAGGCUAAGCCAGCCAAGAAAACAGCUGAGGCUACAUCGUCCAAGACGGCAGAAGCGUCCGAGAAAACAACGGGAAAGAAGAAUGCAAAGCAAGAAGUCGGCUCUUCGUCUGCGGCAGAUGCGAAGCCAGAGUAA